AUGGGUCUAAAGGCAUGGAAUAAGGCAAGGAAUGAAAGCCACCAAAGGGUCGUGUCUAGACUAAAAGAGGAGUAUAAGGAACUUAAAUCCAUGGAGCCCACAGAUGACAAACUGAGAAAGACAGAGGCUUUGUGCAAGGAGUUGAAUAUAGCUAUGCAGAAGGAAGAGCUCUAUUGGUUGCAGCAGGCGAAGCCUAGUCAUAUUGAGGACAUUAUGGAAGCUGUUGAGUGCAAAGUAACAACUGAAAUGAAUGCACAGCAGGUGGCAGAGUUCAAAGAUGAGGAAGUUCGUGCAGCUAUAAAGCAUAUGCAUCCAACUAAAGCACCAAGCCCGGUGGCAUGCCAGCCAUUUUCUACCAAAAGUUUUGAAACAUUAUGGGACCUGAUUGAGAAUAAGAGUGCCUUUAUACCAAGAAGAUUAAUCAUUGAUAUUGUUUUUACUGCUUAUGAGAUUAUUUACAAACUCAAGAUGAAAAGCAAGGGUAAAGAAGGCUUUAUAACGCUCAAACUUAACAUGAGUAAGGCAUAUAAUAGGGUUAAGUGGUCGUUUUUAGAGGCUAUGAUGUAUCAGCUUGGAUUCCAUCCUCGAUUCAUAGAUCUUAUAAUGCAAUGUAUUACUUCUAUGCCCUACUCUAUGGUGUUAAAUGGUGAUGUUUCUGAUAGAUUUCCCACGAAGGGGGUUAUGCCAGGGUGA